UCCUGAAAGGGACUUGUUUGGACUCAGUGGAUUUUCUCGCUCAGGAUGUUUCACAAAAGGAGACGAAAAAUGGGUAUUUGUUUCAGGGAGCGGGAAGGAACUACUUUCAGGUGGCAUUUUCAGCGUCAACAUGACAAUUUGGUGCAACGUCUGCAAACGUCCCGUAAAUGCACCAUGCGUCUCCCAUCUUGUGCGUGUGGAUGACACGCGCGUGUUCUGUCGGAGAAAGUUCAGAUCCACCAAAGGAGCAUCCAAAGCUCGGCGGGACCACAUCAAUUUUGAGAUCAGGAAUAUGCGAGCUCUGCUUCCCAUCCCCUUGGAGGACCAGGAGCGACUCUCCUACCUGCACUCCAUGGCUGCUGUGUGCACCUACAUCAGGAAGUCGGUUCUCAUCCAGGGACUUCCUACUGGCGAGGCUCUCCCCUGCUCUUUUCCCUAUGAGGCCUUUCUCCAAGCCUUGCAUGGCUUCAUCCUCGUCACUACUGUCCAAGGAAGGCUGGUCUACGUGUCUGAAAAUGUAUCGGAAUAUCUCGGCCUUUCCAUGGUGGAUGUCCUUCAAGGAGACACCAUAUAUGAUAUGGUGGACUGCAGGGACAUUGAAAUUAUUGAGCCCAUCCUGAAGGGACACAGUGAAAAGACCCCAUCAUCAGAGAGGAGUUUUGUAUGUAGCAUGCAUACCUCCAAGACCUUCAAGCCACAGCAUAACAGCUGCUCAACGCUGGUUCGAGGCAGCUUCCAGUCCUUCCCAGAGCCAUGCCCAUUCUCCCCCCUCGGUAUUGCAGGCAAGCCCCUCUUUGUGGCCCUGUGCACCCCCACGGUGGACCGCCUCAGGGGCGUGGAGUUGCACUUGUGCCCCAGUUUCGACAGCAUGCACACGCUCGACAUGAGCUUCACUUGGCUCUCAGACAGUGUUUUAUAUUUUUUGGGCUACUCAGCAAAAGAAAUGGUUGGGCGAUCAUGGUACAGCCUAGUCCACCCUGAAGAUCUAGCUUUCACUGUGAAUCAUCACAGAUGUUUAUUACAAGCAGACGAGAGCCUGCAGGUGCAGAUGGUGCUGAGACUUCAGCGCAAAGAUCUGUCAUGGGCUUGGAGCUACAUUUGUGCUAACAAAGAGUCUCAGUGCCAGCCUACAUAUAUCUGCUGCGCUAACUUCAUCAUCAGUGAAACAGAGGGCAAAUUCCUGCAGAGGAAAAUGAGCGACGAUCCUUUGAGGCCAUCCUCCCCGGCGGAAAGCCAACAGACAGACAGUUACCACUCCAGAGGCUGUAAGAGGCAGAGGAAUCCAAACAGCCAAAGUGAGGAGGCAUGUUCCAAAGCCAGGGUGGACUGUGAUAAAUACAACCACUAUGGAGAUAGCCCCCCUCCUCCUCUAGAGGACAGCCCUGUACUUUUCACCCCUCCCUACAGCCCUGCAUCCUCCAGCUCCACUGUGCAGCGGGAGGAGCUGAGCCUUGUCCUCCACACGGAUGUGCACAGAUACGCCGAUCAGCUGCUCUCCUCCCCAGAGGCUUCUCCGUCCUACUACUCCUACCCGGAGGGCUCGCUCGCCUGCCACCUUUCACCUCAACGCUCCCUCCCCUCACAGUUCACCUUUGAUCAGGGAGUCUUCACCACUUUCAAUGCUCUCUCUCCAGCCUCCCCCUCAUCUCCAGCCUAUGAUUUCCCGGCUUGCGCAUCCGAUGCCAGAUUAGUUCCAGACAGCUUGGCCGUGUCUGACAUGAGUGAGAGCUCUGGGGACAGCGCCCUGCAUCAAGAUGACUUCAGCCUAUUGGAGCAGCCACAAGAGGGCAGCCUCCACCAAGUGCAUCAUGUUCCCCAGUACGCACUACAUUCCGGUCUUCCCACCCCCGGCCAUUCCCCUCAUUCCAUGACAUCUGACCAGUACAGCCAGAUGGAGCAGACGGAGAUCAGCAUUCUGGCUCAGCAGAUCUCCUCGCUGGCUUCGACGUUUGACAUGUGUGGCCCCCUCAAUCUGCUCCAAAGUGUGGCCCCCACUGACUGCCUGCCCUCUUCCUCCUCCUCAUGUCAGUGGCCCAGCCACGCUGCUCUCCCCUCUGCCGUACAUACUAAACUGAUGAAUGAUGGCGUUUUAGAGAGUCUCCUCAAUGAUCUGGACAUGGUCUCAAAGAAAGGCUCUGAUAUUCCUGACUUUAGCUUCCAUCAGGAAACUGUGCGCACCUCCCAACACUUUGAUCCACUCGGUCUCAGCCCGACCACCCCAGAGAACUUGCCGCCUCCAGACAACAUUGCCUUAGCUCCCUUCACUUUGCAGUUGGGAUGCCAUGACCAAAACACCGAGUUGCAUCAACUCAAUUAUUCAUUGCAGAGUAACCUGCAGCAAGAUGGACUUGCUGAGGAAAAGCUGUACUGAAAUAAGUCUGUGACUUACGACGCUACCCUUUGUAUGACAUAUUGUCAGGAAAAUUGUCCUUCGGCGGUUUCAAAGAACAUUACGACAAAGAUGUAUUCAAAGGACAUAUUGUACUAAAAGACUAUUUCUCCCCAAUGUGUAUCUCUGAAUGUUAAGUAUGUCCCGAGUUAAGAUUUGUCUUCAUUUCUGCAAAAUGCUGUCUACUUUCUCUUUGGUU